GUGAUGGAGAACAGGACAGACAUGACGCAGUUCAUUCUUCUGGGACUGACCAAUGACCCAGAUCUGCAGGUCCCCCUCUUUAUCACCUUCCUCCUCAUCUACAUCAUCACCCUGGUUGGAAACCUGGGGAUGAUCCUGAUGAUUCUCUUGGACUCUCAGCUCCACACUCCCAUGUACAUUUUCCUUGGUAACCUGUCUCUGGUAGAUUUUUGUUACUCUUCAGCCAUCACUCCCAUGGUCAUGGCGGGACUCUUUAAGGGAGACAAAGUCAUGUCCUACAAUGAUUGUGCUGCUCAGAUGUUCUUUUUUGUAGCCUUUGCUACUGUAGAAAAUUACCUUUUGGCCUCAAUGGCCUAUGACCACUAUGCAGCAGUGUGCAAACCCCUACAUUAUGUGACCACCAUGACAACAAGUGUGUGUUUAUGCCUGGCCAUAGGCUCCUAUAUCUGUGGUUUCCUGAAUGCCUCCAUCCACAUUGGAGACACAUUCAGUCUCUCCUUCUGUAAGUCCAAUGUGGUCGAUCACUUUUUCUGUGAUGUUCCAGCAGUCAUGGUUCUCUUUUGCUCUGACAGACAUGUUAGUGAAAUGGUUCUUGUUUAUGUAGUGAGCUUUAAUAUCUUUUUUGCUCUUCUAGUUAUCUGGAUAUCCUAUAUAUUCAUUUUUGUCACCAUCCUAAAGAUGCACUCAGGUGCUGGACAUCGGAAAGCUAUGUCCACCUGUGCUUCUCACUUCAUUGCAGUCUCCAUUUUCUAUGGGACGAUUAUAUUUAUGUACUUACAGCCCAGCUCCAGCCAUUCCAUGGACACAGACAAAAUUGCAUCUGUGUUUUAUACUAUGAUCAUCCCAAUGCUGAACCCUGUGGUUUACAGCCUCAGGAACAAGGAGGUCAAGAGUGCAUUCACAAAAAUUUUGAUGGAAACAAAAUAA